ACUCGGCAGAGCGCGGCAGGCCGCCUCGCCCUGGAGCUGUCAAGCGGCUCCCAGCCCGCGGGGCUCUCGGAGGAGGACAGAACGCUAGCUUCCUCCUCCUGCCAGGGAAAUCAGAGAGAAUGAAAGCCUAUUUGAAGAGCGCAGAUGGCUUUUUUGUCCUAAACAAAAGCACCACAAUCGGCAAACAUGCGGAUUCGGACCUCGUCCUACAGUCCUCAGACAUUGACAACCACCAUGCCCUCAUCGAAUUUAACGAGGACGAGGGCAGCUUCGUCCUUCAGGACUUUAACUCCCGCAACGGCACGUUUGUCAACGAGUGCCACAUUCAGAACGUGGCGGUGAAGCUGAUCCCUGGGGACAUCCUGCGCUUCGGCUGUACAGGACUGACCUACGAGCUGGUUGUUGAGAACCCGCCCCAGGUCUCCUGCCCGUGGGUGAUGGGCCCGGUACCUUGGCCAAGGCCACAGCCACCUCAGACCACACAGCGGCAGCCACACCUGUCAGCCUCGCCACCCCACAUGCACUUCCACCAGGGCAUCCGGCCAGCUACGGUGCAGAGGAGUUGGUCGCAGGGCUGCCCCAGGCCCACCAUGGUCCCACCUACCCCUUUCCAGCGGCCCGUGAGUGCCAGCGGGAAGAUGUUUUCCUUCGUGAUGGAUCCAAAGUCCCCCGUCAUCAAGCAAGUGUGGGCCAGCGCCAUGGAACUGUCAGAGCAAUGCAUGGUCGAGGGACUCUCCGGGACGAUACCUCCCACCGAGAUCUUCAUGGACCAGGACCUAGGCCAGCAAGACAAGGAUGAGAUCAUCCUGCUCCUGGGGAGAGAGGUCAACCGGCUCUCUGAUUUUGAAAUUGAGUCCAAAUACAAAGACACGGUGAUAAUGAACCUGCGGAGUGAGUUGGCCGACCUGAGUCAAAGGCUAUCGGAGACAGCCGCCGCCGCCGCCGCACGGCAGAGCGACAGGGGCACCCUGAAGUUCCAGGGCCUGGAUGAAGGCAACGACCCUAGGCAGAAGGAGAUUGAGAGCAUGAAAAGCCAGAUCAGCGCCCUUCAAAAAGGCUAUAGCCAGAUGCUGUGUCAUACCCUGGCCGAGCGCAACUCAGAAAUCGCGUCGCUGAAGAAUGAAGGCGAGAACUUAAAGAAAGACCACACCAUCACAUCAGGGAUGGUGACGUCGUUACAGAAAGAUGUGUCAGCGCGGAAUGAGCAAGUCCAGCAGCUGAAGGAGGAAAUAAACCAACUGAAGAAUCAGAACAAGGAGAAGGGUCACCAGCUGGAGGCCCUGAGCUCCAGGUGUUCCGCGCUGAAAGAAGAGCUAAGGAAGGAAGAGGCCCAGAGGGAGAGCAGGGAGGCUCAGGAGAAAGAGCUGAAAUUCUGCCGAAGCCAAAUGGAAGACAUGGAGAAAGAAGUGAAGAAGCUCAGAGAGGAGCUGAAGAAGAACUGUUCCAAUCAGAACACCAUCUCCAAGAUCAUGCGAGAAAGGAGCAAGGUUGAAGAGAAGCUUCAGGAAGAUUCCAGAAGGAAAUUGCUUCAGCUGCAAGAAAUGGGGAACAGAGAGAACCUCAUUAAAAUCAAUUUGGAAAGGGCAGUAGGCCAGCUGGAGCACUUCAGAAGCCAGGUCAUCAAAGCCACUUUUGGAAAGACAAAGCCGUUCCGUGACAAGCCCGUCACCGACCAGCAGCUGAUAGAGAGGAUCGUGCAGGUCACCGAGGACAACCUCAGCUUCCAGCAGAGGAGAUGGACCCUGCAGAAGGAGACUCAUCUGAGCAACUCCAAGCGGGAGGAGACCACGGAGAACAUGGAGAAGCUGAGGGCACGGCUGAGCAGCUGCCAGGCUUGCCUGAGGGAAUCGUGCAGCAGCAGCGACUUGAAGAAGGAGGUGGGGCUCCUUCAGCACCUGCAGCUCAGCCCACCCGUGGCAGGGCUUCAGAAGGCUGUCCUGGACAUCCUGCGGGUGGCCCUGUCCUGGCUGGAGGAAACGGAGCAGCUGCUUAGGGACCUCAGCAUCGAAAUGUCGGGUUCCGACAAAGGGCUCUCUCUGUCUCUAAUAUAUCUUCUGGAACAUUACAAGAAAAUCAUGAGCCAGACCCAGGAACUUCGGGUCCAGGUGAGUGCUUCUCAGGAAACUCAGCAGUCUCAGGAGAAGGAGUACCUGGCCGAGAAGGAGAAGCUGAACAAAGAGAAGCUGGAACAAGAGGAGAAGCUAAAAGCCAAAAUCCAGCAGCUGACAGAAGAGAAGAAGGCCCUGGAGACAGCUAUUGCCCAAGAGAGAAACAAAGCGAAGGAGACUCUAGAGGGGGAGCAGAAGAAAGCCCGAGAGGUGGAGAGUCGCUUGGCCUACCAGAAGAAGGCUUUGGAGGAGAGCAUCACGCAGGAGAAACACAGAGCACAGGAGGCCCUGGAGAAGGCGCAGACUCGAAUUCGUGAUCUGGAGAGCCACUUGGCCUGUCAAAAGGAGGUCUUGGAGGACAGUGUGGCCCGUGAGAAAAGAAAAGUGCGGGAAGCGCUGGAGGCGGAAAGGAGGAAGACACAAGACCUGGAGAACCAGCUGACCCAGCAGAAGGAGAUCGCAGAGAGCAUCACCUUUGAGAGACUCAAAAUGCGAGACACCCUAGAGAAGGAAAAGAGGAGAAUCCAGGACCUGGAGAACCGCCUGACCAAGCAAACAGAGGAAAUAGAAUCGAAGGGACAAAAAGAGGACAUCUUAAAUAAUAAAUUAAACGACGCCCUGGCCAUGGUGGAGGAGGCUCAGCAGAUGAAGGCAGCCGAGAGCCGCAAAGCCGAGACCCUUGCCCUCAAGUUAGACGGAACAGUAGCCGAGCUUGAAAAAACCAAGACAAAAAUGAUCAUGAUGGAGGAGCGGCUGAGGCUGCAGCAGCAGUCGAUGCAGGCAAUGCAGGAUGAGCGGGAAUCCCAGAAGCACGGCUUCGAGGAGGAAAUCACAGUAUACAAAGAACAAAUCAAACAGCACUCGCAGACCAUCGUGAGCCUGGAGGAGAGGCUCUGUCAAGUGACUCAGCACCACAGGAAAAUAGAAGGAGAGAUUGCGACGUUAAAAGACAAUGAAUCAGCUCAAAAGGAGGAGGUACCCAAAGAGCCCGCAGCGGGACCCGCGCCGGACAGCAGUGCCAAAGAAAUAGCGUGCGACCACCUGAUAGAUGACUUACUGACUGCUCAGAAGGAAAUCCUGUCUCAGCAGGAGAUCAUCAUGAGGCUGAGGACAGAUCUCAGUGAAGCCCACGGCCGCAUGUCAGACCUGAGAGGGGAGCUAAGUGAGAAGCAGAAGAUGGAGCUGGAGCGACACGUGGCCCUGGUUCAACAGCAGAACAACGAACUGAGGAUGCUUAAAGCGAAGGUGGCACAGACAAACGGCCUGGUGGAGAAGAAAGACAGGGAACUGAAGGUCCUCAGGGAGGCGCUCAGGGCUUCCCAUAGACCCCACCCGAGCACGGAGCAGAAGCCGAGGAAUCCUACCCCCAAGUGUGACAUCUCCCUACAGAUAGAACCAGUGCACCAAGAUACAUUCUCCUGUUUCCAAGAGGAGCAGUCCUUCAGCGACCUGGGGGCCAAGUGCAAAGGGUCUCGACACGAGGAAGUCAUCCAGCGGCAGAGAAAGGCCUUGUCGGAACUCCGGAUACGAAUCAAAGAGCUGGAGAAGGCCAACUCCUGCAAUCAUAAGGACCACGCGAAUGAAUCAUUCCUAGAACUAAAGACUCUCAGGAUGGAAAAAAAUGUACAGAAAAUAUUAUUAGACGCAAAGCCUGACUUGACAACUCUCUCAAGAACAGAGAUCCGAUCGCCUCAGAAUGGCCUUUUCAGCUCAACGUCCAACUUGGCCGUCGAGAAGUCCAUGAAAACAGAUGCCGCAGAAGCCUUGGAGCUCAGUGAGAAGCUGUACAUGGGUAUGAGCAAGACGCUCGGCAGCCUGAUGGACAUCAAGGACAUGUCCGGCCACGUGAACUUGAAGCACCUCUCGCCCAAAGAGCGUGAGAGGAUCAACCACCUCCGGCAGAAGGACCUGGAUCUGGUGUUUGAUAAGAUCACUCAGCUCAAGACCCGGCUUCAGCGGAAAGAGGAACUCCUGCGAGAAUGCGAGCGGGAACUGGAGCAACUCAGGCAGAGCAAAGUGUCCAUCCAGAUGUACCAGGCACAGGUGGCAAAGCUGGAAGAUGACGUCUACAAAGAAGCCGAGGAGAAGGCGCUGCUGAAGGAGGCCCUGGAGCGCACAGAGCAGCAGCUGUACCAGGAAAGGAGGCUCAACAGGGCCUUCAGGCAGCAGAAGGAUCGAGUCGAGACUCAAGAGAAAAGAGACGCCUCCUGCAGCUGUCCCUUCAAAGACAACGAGAGGCAGAGACGCAUAUUUGUAGAGGUGGUCAAGAGAAAGAUGCAAAACUCCAAGUUCCAGGUUGGAGGCAAGAAAGCCACCCAGAAGACAGACCAAGAAAAAGAGACGAAAAAGGAGGCGUGCAAGUCUAGCCAGAGUCUGUCGUUUGUUAAGUCGGGUGGAAAGAACUAGAAAACAUGCUGUCCCAGGGCUCAUGUGAUCCUGAGUGAGUCAAUUUGACUCUCCAGUAAGCCAGGGACUUUUAUAGCAUGCUAAAGAUGGUUGCUUGGUUGUUUGACCUUCUAGAUUAAUAUUUUGCACAGAAUGUAUUUUGGAGUGUGUGGGGAGAGGAUUUUUAAAAACUAUCUAUAAAUGUAUAUACACUCAGGUAUAUGAAGAAUAUGUCUAUAACCCAGACUUCUAGCCUUGUGGAUACAGUUGUGUGCCAAGAAACCCAACUAGAGCCACAGAGCAAAGGGGAAGCUUGGAGCACCCAACCACAGUAUAAUGAGUUUAUAUCUGAGUUUAUUAUAAUAAAUUUAGAAAGCCAA